AUGGGACCCCAUCCUAGGUUCUGUCUAUUGCUCAUUGAUGUCAUCGUCACUAUUACCAUCACCGUCACAAUCGCCGUUACCGACAUCGUUAUCGUCACCAUUAUCACCACUGUUACCCACAUCAUUACUAUCACCGUCAUCGUUACUCUUAUCGUCACCAUCACCGUUACCUUUACCGUAAUUGUUAUCGUCAUCAUUGUUACCAUUACUGUCACCGUUACCGUUACCGUCAUCGUUACUGUUAUUGAUACUGUUACUAUUAUUGCAACAGUUACUCUCACCGUCACCGCCGUUACAGUUAUCGUUACUGUUACCAUUACCAUUACCGUCACCAUAAUCGUUAUAGUGAUAGUUACUGUUACCAUUAUCGUCAUCGUAACCGUUACCAUCACCAUCAUUGUGACCAUUACCGUCACCGUCACCGUUACCAUCACCAUCACCUUUAUUGUAACACCUAUUACCGUUAUCGUAACCGUUAUCAUUACCAUUACCGUCACUGUUACCGUGAUCAUUUCCAACACUAUUAGCGUUACCGUUACCAUUACUGUUACCAUCACCGUUACCGUGAUCGUUACCGUUACCAUCUCUGUUAUCGUCACCAUUACCGUCACCGUACCAUCACCGUCACCGUUAUCGUUAUCGUCAACUUACCGUCACCGUUACUGUGACCAUGACCGUUACCAUUACCUUCACUAUCACCGUUACAGUUAUCAUGACAAUUAUCGUCAACAUCACCAUUACCAUCAUUGUUAUCGUCACCAUUACCGUUACCGUCACCAUGAGCGUUACUGUUACCGUUACCAUUUCACCAUUACUGUUACCGUCACCAUUAUCGUCACCAUCACCAUUACAGUUACCUUUACCGUCACUGUCAUAGUCACCAUCAUAGUCACCAAUACCAUUACCAUCACCGUUAUCGUUACUAUCACCGUUACCGUCACUAUUAUCGUCAAUGUCACCGUUUCCAUUACCGUCACCUUUACCCUUACCAUUACCAUGACUGUUAUCAAUACCAUCAUCAUUACCAUUACCGUCACUGUUACCCUUAUCGUCAUCGUUAUCGUUAUCGUUACCGUUACCCUUACGGUUACCGUUCGUAAUACUGUUAUCUUCACUUAUAUCAUGACCGUUGCCGUCACCGUCACCGUAACUGUUACCAUAACCGUCACCGUCACCGUUACCAUUACCGUUAUCGUGACCGUCCCCGUUACCGUUACCAUCACUGUUACCAUUACCGUUACUGUGAUCGUCACUGUUACCGUCACCAUCACAGUCACCAUUAUUGUUAUUAUCACCGUUAUCGUUAUUAUCAUCGUUACUAUUACUAUCACCGUUAUCGUCACUAUUACUCUCAACGUCACUAUUAUUGUUACCAUUACCGUCACCGUUAUCAUUACCAACACCAUUAUUGUUAUCGUUACCAUAUCCAUUACUGUUACCGUCUUCGAUACUGUUUUCGUCACCGUUACCGUCACCAUAAUUGUCACCAUUACCGUUACCGUCACUGUGAUUGUCACCUUUACCGUUACCGUUACUGCCACCAUCAUAGUCACCAUUACCAUCACCGAUACCAUUACUGUCACUGUUACCGUUACUAUUACUGUUACCGUUACUAACACCAUUAUCAUCACUAUUGCUAUCAACGUCACCAUUACCAUUACCAUCACCGUCACCGUCACUGUUACUAUUUCCAUCACCGUCGCCAUUACUGUUACCAUCACCGUUAUCGUUACUGUCACCAUUAUCAUUACCAACAUUGUUAUUGUUAUCGUUAUCAUUACCAUUACUGUUACAGUCUUGGAUACAAUUAUCGUCAAUGUUACCAUUACUGUUACAAUCUUUGAUACUAUUAUUGCCACGGUUACCAUGACCGUUACUAUCACCAUCACUGUAACUGUUACUGUAACCAUUACUAUCACCCUCACCAUUACAAUUACCGUUAUUAUCAUCGUUAUCAUCACCGUUACCGUUACUAUCACUAUUACUCUCAACGUCACUAUUACUGUUACCAUCAUCGUUACCAUUACCGUCACCGUUAUCAUUACCAACACCAUUAUCGUUAUCGUUACCAUAUCCAUUACUAUUACCGUCACUGUAAUUGUCACCAUUACUGUUACCGUUACCGCUACCGUCAUUGUGACCGUCACCUUUACCGUUACCGUUACUAUCGCCAUCAUAGUCACCAUUACCAUUGCCAUCACUGAUACCGUUACUUUAACCGUUACCAUCACUGUUACCGUUACUAUUACCGUUACUAGCACCAUUAUCAUCACUAUUACUAUCAACAUCACCAUUACCGUUACCGUCACCGUCACCGUUACUGUUACCAUCACCGUUGCCGUUACUGUUACCAUCACCGUUAACGUUAUCGUCACCAUUAUCAUUACAAACACUGUUAAUGUUAUCGUUAUCAUUACCAUUACUGUUACCGUCUUGGAUACAAUUAUCGUCAACGUUACAAUUACUGUUACGGUCUUUGAUACUGUUAUUGCCACCGUUACUGUCACCGUCACUGUAACUGUUACCGUAACCGUUACUAUCACCCUAACCAUUACAAUUACCAUUAUUAUCACCGUCACCGUUACGAUUAUCAUUACCGUAACCAUAAUUGUUAAAGUGACCGUUACUGUGAUAGUUACCAUUAUCGUCACCGUUAUUAUAACCGUUACUGUUACCGUUACCUUUAUCGUUAUCGUAACCGUUACCUUCACCAUCACCGUUAUCGUUACCAUUACUGUCACAGUCACCAUUACCCUUACCAUCAUCAUAACCAUUAUCAUAACCGUUACUGUCAUAGUUACCAUCACCGUCACCUUUACCGUCAUCGUUUUCAUCAUCGUUAUUGUUAUCAUUACGGUUUCCUUUACCGUUAUUGUUACCGUCAUCAUUACCGUUAUUGUUACCGUAAUCGUUAACGUUAUUGUUACCAUUACCGUUACUGUUACCGUUACUGUUAUUUUUAUUGUCACUAUUACAAUUAUCGUUAUCGUAAUCAUUACCAUUACCAUUAUUGUCACCGUGAUUGUGACCGUUUCCAACACUAUUUUGGUUAACGUUACCGUUACCAUUACUAUUACCAUCACCGUCUUUGAUACUGUUUUUGCCACCGUUACCAUGACCGUUAUUGUCACCAUCAUCGUAAUUGUUACUGUAACAGUUACUAUCAUCCUCACCAUUACAAUUACCAUUAUUGUCACCAUCACCGUUAUGAUUAUAAUUACUAUAACCAUAGUUGUUAAAGUGAUCGUUACCGUGAUAGUUACUAUUAUCGUCACCGUUACUAUAACCGUUACCGUUGCCCACCGUAACCGUUACCGUCACUAUCACCUCAUUGUCACUGUUAUUCCUACCAUUACUGUCACAGUCACCAUUACCCUUUCCGUCAUCAUAAUCGUUAUUGUAACUGUUACCAUCAUAGUUACCAUCACCAUCACCUUUACCGUCAUCAUUAUGGUUUCCUUUACCGUUAUUGUUACCGACAUCAUUAUCGUUAUUCUUACCGUCAUUGUGAACGUUAUUGUUACCGUUAUCGUUACUGUUACUAUCACUGUUACUGUUACCGUUACCUCUACCAUUACCGUUAUUUUUACCGUCACCGUUACAAUUACCAUUACCAUUACCGUCACCAUUACCAUCACCGUGAUUAUGACCUUUACCGUGACCGUUUCCAACACUAUUAUCGUUACAGUUACCGUUACCAUUACUAUUACCGUCAUCAUUACGAUGAUCGUUACCGUUACCAUCUUUGUUAUCAUCACCAUUACCAUCACCGUACCAUCACCAUCACCGUUACCUUACCAUUACCGUCUCCCUUAUCGUCACCUUACUAUCACUGUACAUGUUACUGUCGUCGUCACCGUAAUCAUCACCAUUACCAUCACAGUCACCGUUAUUGUCAAUGUUACCGUCAGCGUUACGAUGACCAUUACUAUUACCGUGACCGUUAUAGUUACCUUCACCAUCACCGUUACCGUCAUCAUGACAGUUAUCAUCAACAUCACUGUUACCAUCACUAUUAUCGUCAACACCACUGUUAUCAUCACCAUUCACCACAAGAAAUAG